UCACUGUUUCAUUUGCUGCUCAGUUAAGCUAGAGGCAGUUUCGUGAUUUUUGUCACAGUCAGGCUACACAGGACAAAGGAAACUGAAGAGAGAAAAGCACACAAGAUGUCGUCUGUCUUCCGGAGUGAAGAGAUGUGUCUGAUGCAACUCUUUCUUCAAGUGGAGUCUGCCUAUUGCUGUGUGGCAGAGCUUGGAGAGCUGGGUCUGGUGCAGUUCAGAGAUUUGAACCAAAAUGUGAACAGCUUCCAGAGAAAGUUUGUGAAUGAAGUAAGAAGAUGUGAAUCCUUGGAGAGAAUUCUUCGUUUCUUGCAAAGCGAAAUGGAUGAUGAUAUACAGCUUCCCAAGCCCGAAAAGUAUCCAGAGACUCCUCUACCUCGAGAAAUGAUUGACCUAGAAACAGUUCUGGAAAGAUUGGAUGGGGAGUUGCAAGAAGCCAAUCAUAACCUGCAAACGUUGAGGCAGAACUUUUUGGAACUCACAGAGCUGAAACAUCUCCUGAAGAAAACCCAGGACUUUUUUGAGACAGAAACUAAUUUGCCUGAUGACUUCUUCAAUGAAGACACUUCUGGGCUAUUGGAAUUAAGAAGCACUCCUGCAGCUGUUGCAGCAAAACUGGGAUUCAUAGCUGGAGUGAUCAAAAGGGAACGGAUGGGCCCCUUUGAACGUUUGCUAUGGAGAGCCUGUCGAGGAAACAUCUACCUGCGGUUCAGUGAAAUGGACACGCCAUUGGAAGACCCGAUCACUGUAGGUGGACACAAAUCUUUCAUUUUGUUACUAGUUUUAUAUUUGGUAUGCAUUACCUGUAAAUUUAUAAUGUGCUGUUUGGUUACGACUAUUGUAAAAUUCUAUUUAUGUUGCAUUUCUUCCUCUCAGCAAGAAGAGAUGAAAAAGAACGUCUUCAUUAUCUUCUAUCAAGGGGAGCAGCUCAAACAGAAAAUCAGGAAGAUUUGUGAAGGAUUUCGUGCCACAGUGUAUCCCUGCCCUGAGUCUGCUACAGAACGGCGAGAAAUGGCUGAUGGAGUGAAUACAAGGAUUGAAGAUCUAAACACUGUGAUCACCCAAACAGUGUCCCUCCGUCGUGAGCUGCUGCAGCAAGCAUUUACAAACCUGUGGACUUGGGAAAUCAAGGUGAAGAAAAUGAAGGCCAUCUACCACAUCCUCAACUCUUGUAACAUUGAUGUCACCCAGCAGUGUGUUAUUGCUGAGAUCUGGUUCCCCGUGGCAGACACAGGUCGGAUAAAGAAGGCUCUAAAUCAAGGAAUGGAACGUAGUGGUUCUACAAUCAACCCUAUCCUGACUGCUGUCCAGACCAAGAUGGCACCUCCUACCUUUAACAGGACCAAUAAGUUCACUGUAGGUUUCCAGACAAUUGUGGAUGCCUAUGGUGUGGGAACUUACAGAGAGAUCAACCCAGCCCCCUACACUGUAAUUACCUUCCCAUUUCUGUUUGCGGUGAUGUUUGGCGAUUGCGGUCAUGGUGCUGUUAUGCUUGGUUUUGCUCUCUGGAUGGUCAUGAAUGAAAAAUCCCUUCUAGCCCAGAAAAACGAUAAUGAGAUCUGGAAUACCUUUUUUGGUGGCCGCUACCUGAUCCUGCUCAUGAGCAUCUUCUCCAUCUACACUGGCUUCAUCUACAAUGAUUGCUUCUCCAAGUCAUUCAACAUAUUUGGGUCUUCCUGGCAUGUCACCCCCAUGUUCAAUAAAACAUGGACUUACGAGAUUCUUGAAGCAAACGAGGCACUGGAGCUGGACCCAAAAGAGCCAGGCGUGUUCUCUGGAAAUCCCUAUCCUUUUGGCAUUGAUCCGAUCUGGAACAUUGCUAAGAACAAGCUAACAUUCUUGAACUCCUACAAAAUGAAGAUGUCUGUUGUCAUGGGGAUUACGCACAUGGUCUUUGGCGUUGUACUCAGCCUCUUCAACCAUAUUUAUUUCAAGAAAUCCAUAAACAUCAUUCUCCAGUUCAUUCCAGAGAUGAUCUUCAUCCUCACCCUGUUUGGUUACCUGGUUUUCAUGAUUAUUUUCAAGUGGUGCCAGUAUGAUGUCAGAGAUGCCCAAACUGCACCGAGCAUCCUUAUCCACUUUAUCAAUAUGUUCCUGUUUAGCUACAAUAAUGAAACAAACCCAUUCUUAUAUAAACACCAGCAAGAAGUGCAAACCUUCCUGGUAAUUAUGGCCCUGAUUUCUAUUCCGUGGAUGCUUUUGAUUAAACCCUUCAUCCUUCGUGCUAAUCACCUGAAAGCUCAGCGUAUGCUGGUAUCUCCUGAAAUGUCGGAGAGUCCCACUGGCGACGUUGAGGUGGAGAUCAUUAAAUCUAAACUUUCUGAGAAAUCAAGCCAAGAAGACCACAGUGAUGGUGGCCAUGGGGGACAUGAUGAUGGUGAUGAAGAGUUCAACUUUGGAGACAUCUUUGUCCAUCAGGCUAUCCACACCAUUGAGUACUGUCUAGGUUGUAUUUCUAACACAGCCUCCUACCUUCGGCUGUGGGCACUCAGCUUGGCACAUGCACAGCUCUCAGAGGUCCUUUGGACGAUGGUGUUCACAAUUGGACCUACCUUUCAUGGCUGGGGAGGAAUCAUUGUCAUCUUCAUCGUCUUUGCUGUCUUUGCUGCUCUGACUGUAGCCAUUCUGCUCAUCAUGGAGGGCCUCUCUGCCUUCUUGCAUGCUCUGCGACUUCACUGGGUAGAGUUCCAAAACAAGUUCUACUCUGGGACGGGCUAUAAAUUUACGCCGUUUUCUUUUAAGCACAUCAUAGAAGGAACAGAAGAAUGAAACCUCUUUGGAGCAGAGAGCUUUGAAUCUCCCAGACUUACUGCUCUUCUUCUACUACUUUAAACAACAACAACCUC